UUCCUUCUCGUACGUGCGCGCACUUCCGAUCGCACCUUCGACGUCGCUCGAUAAUUCCGCAGACGUUUUCUCAACGAGCAGUUGUACGCGGCUGCGAUAUCGGCACGCCAUGUCGCGCUCCUUGUUACUCGUCCUUGUCGUCCUGUGCGCUCAGAGUCUCGCAAGUAAGGUCAGUUCAAAGGAAUUGACGGACCAGCCGCCAUGUCUCGAUGACAACAAAUUCUAUAGGAAUCCGAAAAUGCAGCCUCACGUCCUAUGGUCACCAGGGGAAUGCGCAAAGUAUUACCUUUGCCUCGAUGACGAGGUUUUUGAAUUCAAAUGCUCCAACGGCCUACUCUUCGACGUCAUCAGGCAAAUUUGCGAUUUUAAGGCCAACGUUGACAAUUGUGACAUAAUUAUUGAGGCGGAGCCAUCGAAACCUUUGCUUGAAAAUGGAAAUUGUAAGGAAGGAAGUUUAGCCUGCAGCGAUGGCAAUUGCCUUUCCUCGCAUUAUUUCUGUGACGGAAAUGCUGAUUGUUCAGAUAGCUCCGAUGAGGCAUGGUGUGAUUCGCAAAAUGAUGUAAACGCUGCGUUACCCUGCGACAAGAAUCAGUGCCAACUUCCACAAUGUUGGUGUUCUACCGAUGGCACCGAAAUUCCAGGAAAUCUUUCUUCUCCUGUAAUACCUCAGAUGAUAAUGGUGACGUUCGAAGAUGCCAUCAAUUCUGAAAAUUUUGAAUUAUUUACCAAAUUAUUUAACGAGGAAAGGAAAAAUCCAAAUGGUUGUCCUAUUCGAGCAACUUUUUUUGUUAGUCAUGAGCAUACGAAUUACAGAGACGUCCAGCAUCUUUGGAAUCUUGGUCAUGAAAUUGCGAUACAUUCUGUAACUCAUCGAGAACCUCAAGAUUGGUGGAUGCAAAAUGCAACAAUCGAGGAUUGGUUUGAUGAAAUGGUUGGUGAAGCAAAUAUUAUUAACCGAUUUGCCGGAAUCAGAAUGCAAGAUAUUAAAGGUAUGAGAGUUCCCUUUCUUGGCAUUGGUUGGAAUCGUCAGUUCCUUAUGAUGUCAGAGUUUGGCUUUGUAUAUGAUUCCAGUAUUAUAGCUCCGGUAUCAAAUCCUCCAAUUUGGCCAUAUACUCUUGAUUAUAAGGCUCCUCAUGGUUGUACAGCAACUGGUCAAAUGUGUCCUACGAGAUCCUAUCAAGGAGUCUGGGAAAUUCCUAUUAAUCCACUUCUUGUAUCGGAUCAAAAUUGCCAAACAUUAGAAACUUGUCCAUUAAAUCUUACUGAUGAAGAAAUUCAUGGAGCGUUAAUGAAUAACUUUAAAGUGCAUUAUUCGAGUAACAGAGCUCCAUUGGGAUUACAUUUCCAAUCCUCGUGGAUUAAAACCCCUUCUAAUUUCCUAGCACUCUCUAAAUUCAUUGAUGACGUUCUUCGUUUAACAGAUGUGUACCUCAUUUCAAAUCAGGAUGUACUUGAAUGGAUGAGAAAUCCAACAUCUCUCGAUACUCUUCGUUCAUUUAAACCUUGGCAUUGUUUUAAUAAGAAACUUGAUUCUCAUGAAAUAGCAUGUGACUUACCAAAUACAUGUAAAUUACCAAGCAAAAUACUUAAAACGCAUAGGUAUUUGGAAACUUGUUUUGAUUGUCCAAAGCAGUACCCUUGGUUACGCAAUGAAUUUGGGCACGACUAAGCCAUUUUAGUUUAUGAAAUUACUUUACACAUUAUAUAAUUUUUAGAAAUUACUGCGCUUACAGUUAUAAUGUUAAGUCGACUGAGUACCUUACAUAGAC